AUGCCAAACUUUACUUCCAUUUUAAUAUUUGGUGAUUCCACAAUGGAUACAGGGAAUAAUAACUAUAUACUCACUUUAGUCAAAGCAAAUCACUUACCCUAUGGCAAAGAUUAUCCUAACAAUGUCCCAACAGGAAGAUUUUCAAAUGGAAAACUUGUGCCAGACAUGUUAGCUUUCUUACUAAAUCUCAAACAAAAUGGUGUUCCUCCAUAUUUACAGCCAAAUUUAUCAACAAAUGAAUUAUGUACUGGAAUUAAUUUUGCAUCAGCUGGAUCAGGAUAUGAUGAAUUAACCAGUACUAUUACUAGCACAAUUCCAAUAAGUAAACAGUUAGAAUAUUUUGAGGAAUAUUUGGAGAAAAUUAAAGGGGUUGUAGGAGAGACAGAAGCUGAAAAAAUAGUGAAAGGUGCUUUGGUUAUUAUUAGUUGUGGGACAAAUGACUUAGUUUUUAACUUCUAUGAUAUACCUACAAGAAGACUUCAGUUCAGUACUAUUAAUAAGUAUCAAGAUUUUUUGCUAGAAAAGCUGCAAAGUUUUGUCAAGGAACUUUAUGAUCUUGGAUGCCGUAUGAUUGUACUGAAUGGAUUGCCUCCAAUUGGUUGUCUUCCAAUUCAAAUGACUACAAAAUCUCCACUUCUUAGAACUUGUAUAGAGAAUGAGAAUUUUGAUGCUCAACUUUAUAAUCAAAAGCUUAAGCAAUUGUUACCUCAAUUGCAAGCACAACUCCCUGGAAGCACAAUAUUAUAUGCAGACACAUACAAUCCACUAUUAGACCUUAUUAACAAUCCACAACAAUAUGGAUUUGAGGAAACCAAAAGAGGAUGUUGUGGAAGUGGAUUACUUGAAGCUGGACCUUUGUGUACAAGUCUUUCACCAGUGUGUUCAAAUACUUCACAAUACGUAUUUUUUGAUAGUAUUCAUCCAUCUGAAGCAACAUACAAUAAGCUUACUGAGUACUUAGUCAAGGACUUUCUCUCACAACUCUCAACCAUUCGCAGUCCUUGA